CGACAGCUGUGAGACAGACAGCAUCAGAGAGGACGACAGGCUGACAUGCCUCUCAAACGAGAAGAUACAGAUCGUGCUCUGCAGGCGAUGGAAGCCUGUCAGUCUGCAGGUGAUGAAGGUUUCAGGACUCGCGCUGAGAGACUCUUGACCAUCUUUCAGAGUGACCUGUUUCAGGCUUUACUGGAUAUUCAGGAGUUUUAUGAGCUCACAGUGUUUGAGAAUCAGUCGACAGGUAGAACACACACACCUGGACUGAAGUAUCGUUAUCACGAUGAGGAAACUCCACCUGUACAACACAGUCCUACUCACCUGACCGCAGGAAAACCUACAGACAUGCUGCACCUCAGUGAUGCUGGACACGCCCCCAUCGACAGUACCCAUGGUUACACGCCCCAGAUGCACAUAUCACCUGCCAAGCCAGUGUUACUCCAGAGUUGUCAUGCCCCUUACUAUGCCACCUCUACUCUGAUGAACGGCAUGGAUGGAGAUGUUGAAUAUGAGGAAAUCACACUUGAGAGGGGUAACUCUGGUCUGGGCUUCAGUAUAGCUGGUGGGACUGAUAACCCUCAUAUAGGAGAUGAUCCCAGUAUCUUCAUCACUAAGAUCAUACCAGGAGGAGCAGCAGCACAGGACGGCAGACUGAGGGUGAACGACAGCAUUCUCUUCGUAAAUGAUGUUGACGUGAGAGAAGUCACUCAUAGUUUUGCGGUGGAGGCGUUGAAGGAGGCGGGGCCUAUUGUACGACUCUAUGUGCUGCGACACAAACCGUCAGCCGAAAAAAUCACAGAUAUUAAACUCAUCAAAGGCCCGAAAGGUUUGGGAUUCAGUAUUGCGGGCGGUGUGGGUAACCAGCACGUCCCGGGCGAUAACAGCAUCUACGUCACAAAGAUCAUUGAAGGCGGAGCUGCACAUAAAGACGGACGGCUGCAGAUAGGAGACAAAAUUCUUGCUGUGAAUAAUAUGUAUUUAGAGGAGGUGAUGCAUGAAGACGCUGUAGCAGCGCUGAAGAACACAGGAGAGAUUGUUUAUCUGAGAGUGGCCAAAACUCAGUAUCAUCCUCAGCAUCAACAUCAUCAAGAAACCUACAAUCCCCCUGACAUCACCAGCUCGUAUUCUGCUCAUAUGGACAUGUCUGAUUACCCACAAGCCCUCAGUCCCUCAUCUCCACGCUGUUACUCUCCCAUUCCUAAAGCCCUGCUGAUGGAUGAUGACAUACCCAGGGAGCCGAGGCGUGUGGUGAUUCUCAGGGGUUCUACAGGUUUGGGCUUUAAUAUCGUGGGCGGUGAGGAUGGUGAGGGAAUCUUCAUCUCAUUUAUUCUAGCGGGCGGAGCAGCGGAUCUGAGCGGAGAACUCAAGAAAGGAGAUCAAAUAUUGAGUGUGAAUGGUGUGGAUCUGCGUCAUGCGACUCAUGAACAGGCUGCAGCGGCGCUCAAGAACGCAGGACAGACAGUCACUAUCAUCGCCCAGUACAGACCAGAGGAGUACAGCAGAUUCGAGGCGAAGAUUCAUGACUUGCGUGAGCAGCUGAUGAACAGCAGUUUAGUUUCUGCAGCAGCAUCAUUACGGAGCGGAAAGAGAAGCUUCUUCAUCAGGGCUCUGUUUGACUAUGAUAAGACGUUAGACUGUGGCUUCCUCUCUCAGGCCGUGAGCUUCAGGUUUGGAGAUGUGCUGCAGGUGUUUGACUGCAGUGAUGAGGAAUGGUGGCAGGCCGCAAAACUCUCUGCACACGGAGAACUGGAGGAGACCGGAUACAUUCCCAGCAAGAGGAGAGUCGAAAGGAAGGAGUGGUCUCGUAUGAAGACCAGAGGCAGAGACGUCAUCAGUGGACGCAGUGAAUACAUUGUAAGCUACGAGACGGUGAUACAGACUGAAGUGCACUAUGCGCGUCCCGUCAUUAUCCUCGGGCCGAGCAAGGAUCGUGUUAACGAUGAUCUUCUGUCUGAGUUCCCGGACAAGUUUGGUUCCUGUGUUCCGCACACGACACGGCCGAAGCGCGACUAUGAGAUGGAUGGACGGGACUAUCACUUCGUGUCAUCACGGGAACAGAUGGAGAAAGACAUUCAGAGUCACAGAUUCAUUGAGGCCGGACAAUAUAACAGCCACCUGUACGGGACCAGCGUCCAGAGUGUGAGACAGGUCGCAGAACAGCAGGGGAAACACUGUAUUCUGGAUGUUUCUGCUAAUGCUGUGAGGAGAUUACAGGCUGCUCAACUUCACCCCAUCGCCAUCUUCAUCAGACCCUCCUCACUGCAGAAUGUACUAGAUAUAAGCAAACGUUUGACAGAAGAACAAGCGAGAAGAGCUUUAGACCGAGCCAUCAAACUAGAGCAAGACUUCAUCGAGUGUUUCUCAGCGAUCGUGGAAGGCGACAGCUUCGAGGAGAUCUACCAUCAUGUGAAGUCUGUGAUCGAGGAACAGUCUGGACCGUAUAUCUGGAUACCAGCAAGAGAAAGACUGUAAAACACACACACACACAACUGAAGACUCCCAUCAGGAACACAGGAGAGAUGUGUGAUGAGAGAACCUGUCCAGCUCACAAUCAGAAAACAUUUUGGUGGUGAAAUGUGAGUUGAACAUGUUCUUAACAGGUUUCAUGAGAUUCACCCUUUGAAUUUCAUGGAAAUCAGUGGGACUUUGUCUAGUGUGUGUGUGUGUGUGUGUGUGUGUGUGUGUGUACAUGAGCCGCUGCUACUGAUGACUACUAUGAUAAUAGAGGUGUUUAUAUGGGUGUUUUCAUGGUGAUUGUGAGCUCAGUGAGUGCAACACAAUGUCUGAGGCAAUAUAGACAUAAGCACUGGGCACUUUACUAACACACACACACACAUCAGUCUACACACACAGGAAACACUGACAUGUGUGUGUCUCAUUGUGAUGUGUCUCUAUAGGGCUACAGUUUACAUAUAAUAAACACUAAACUGCACAGGGAGAGAAACGUGUGAGUGUGUGUGUGUGAUUAAGAGCAUUAGAUUCAUUCUUUUAGUGACAGAGACAUUUUAUGAUUUGUGUGUGUGUGAGGAGAACUGUUGUUUAUGAUUAUUAAUAUACUGUAUAUAUAUAUAUAUAUAUAUAUAUAUAUAUGAAUAUUCUACAGCUGUACAUACAGACUCAGAUGAUAUGAACCAAUGGGGCUUUAAACACAUAAACACUGCACUUCUCUGAGCCAAAACGACCCACAAUCCACCUCACUGCCCAUACAAACAUACAUGACACACGUCUGUCAUUCCUGUCAAUACACCGCUCUCAGUCUCAAACAUUCAACCAAAGUGAUUUUCUGCUUUAGUUUGUGUGAAUAUGACGUUUAAAUUCAGUUUGUCAUUGACUUUUACACAUUUACACUCAUUGAAGUGGCGCGGGGAAACAGUCGCUCUGUAUAAUGUGAAAUAAAUAUAUUUCCUGUUGUAAACUAGCUCUAAAAUACUCAGAUGAUAAAUGACAUUAAAAUGUUUUAAUAAUU